GCACACUGUGUAUUGGGGUUGGUACAGUUUAGCAAAUACAGAGAAAGUGAGGCAGGGCACCUUGUGUUCAUCAGAGUUUUAUCGUUGUCUAAGUUUAGAUCUUGGCUUGCAGAAUGCAUCUCAAGUAACAAGGCUGCUCACUCACUUUAGUAGCACCACAAUCCAGACAAAAACAGGGCUUUACACAGAGCUUUAAAGGAAGACAAACACAGAAAAGUGGCAAGUCACUGAAAAAUAAGAGUAGAGGCGGGGCUAUCAAAGCCCAGCAGAGUCAUAUAGUGAAAAAUCUCAAACAGGAGGCAAACACAGAGAGACCUAAGGCAGAACCAGGACUAUUCUCUGUAAGAAAACAACUCUUCACCACAUAAGUUUACCGUUUUUUCUACCUGGACAAUGACAGAGAAUGUAGAAGAUCAAGUCAACUUCUCUCAAACCUCGGGGUCUGAGCAACAGACACCGCAUUUUCUACGAGAUGUCAUCUUCCAUGGCAAGUUUAAGCGGCUGAAGGCUCUAACUCCAGAGGAAAAUACCCGCUCCCAGCAUGGGCUCUUCUUCCAGGAUGGUCAACGGCGUGUUGACUACGUGCUCACCUACUCCGUGAAGAAGUCGAGUGGAAGCCACUCCACUCGGCAGUCAGUGCAUCUCCUCACUGAGAAUGUUGUUGCUCGCAGCUUCCGCCAUGGUCCUCAGAGUGGUGGCGAAAAGCUCCGAGCCAAGCAAACACAAAGGACGAAAGACUCAUCUUCCGUACCUUCAUCGAAGGUUAUCGACAUGGAGUUGGGCUGUUCAGGAGAAAUCUUCAAUGGCCAGGAGGAUCAGAAGGCAUUCAGAAGGGAGGAGUUUGAGGGAAAACUGAGAGACAUGGGGCUAGAGCUGGAAAAAGAUGAAGAUGGAAAGAUUCCAGGAGUGUACUUCGUGAAAAUCCAUGCUCCCUGGAAUGUUCUUUGUCGAGAAGCCGAAUUCAUGAAGUUAAAGAUGCCCACCAAAAAAGUCUAUGAGGUCAAGCAGUCAAACAGCAUUGUGGAGAAGAUCAGUACUCUGAUUAGUAAAAUUCUGGAGCCCCUCCACCCACAUGUUGAGGAACAUCAACCCAAGAACAUCAAACACCUGUCACACACGUUCUCUAGGGAAAAGCAACACCUAUUUGACCUCUCAGACAAAGAUUACUUCUUUGACAGCAAAACCAGGAGUUCAAUAGUUUUUGAAAUACUAAAAAGAACAAAAUGCAAGGCCAAGUACAGCAUGGGUAUCACCAGUCUCCUUGGUAGUGGGGUGUAUACUGCAGCUUAUCCUCUUCAUGAUGGAGAGAUUGAUGAGGAGAGUGCAGACCCCAAUGACAGAAAGCUUUUAUAUGAGGAGUGGGCAAACUACAGCGUAUUCUACAAGUACCAGCCGAUCGGACUCGUGCGGAAGUAUUUUGGUGAGAAGAUUGGGCUGUACUUCGCUUGGCUAGGCCUGUAUACCCAGAUGCUGAUUCCUGCCUCACUAGUGGGGGUCAUUGUCUUUUUGUAUGGAUGCGCCACAGUUGAUGACAACAUUCCAAGCAUGGAGAUUUGUCAUCCAAGGAACAACAUCACCAUGUGUCCACUGUGUGACAGAGUGUGCAGCUACUGGAAACUUAGCACUGCCUGUGGGACUGCCCGGGCAAGUCAUCUGUUUGACAAUCCUGCCACAGUUUUCUUCUCUAUAUUCAUGGCUCUCUGGGCUGCCAUGUUCAUGGAGCAUUGGAAAAGGAGGCAGAUGAGACUCAACUAUGAAUGGGACCUUACAGGGUUUGAGGAUGAGGAAGAAGCUCUCAAGGAUCACCCCAGGGCUGAGUACGAAUUCAAAGUAAUGCAAAAGUCUCUAAGGAAACGUCAAAAGUCCCAGGACAAGAUAGAAAAGCUUACAUUUCAGGACCGUCUGCCCGCCUACAUGACUAACAUCGUCAUGAUGUUGUUAAUGAUUGGUGUUACAUUUGCCAUUGUGUUUGGUGUGAUCCUCUACCGCAUCUCCACCAAAGCUGCUCUUCAUAUGAGUUCCAGUCUGAUCACAAGGAACCAUGUGCAGCUGACAGUUAAAACCACUGCAGCCAUCAUCAACCUUGUGGUCAUCCUUAUACUGGAUGAGGUAUAUGGAGCUGUGGCACGAUGGCUUACUGUAUUAGAGGCUCCUAAAACUGACAAGAGUUUUGAGGAAAGACUCAUCUUCAAGACCUUCAUUCUCAAGUUUGUUAAUGCAUUUUCCCCAAUCAUCUACAUUGCUUUCUUCAGGGGAAGACUUGUAGGCAGGCCAGGCAGCUACCUAUAUGUGUUUGACUCUUACAGAAUGGAAGAGUGUGCUCAUGGAGGCUGUCUGAUGGAGCUGUGUAUCCAGCUGAGUAUCACCAUGUUGGGAAAGCAACUUAUCCAGAACAACCUUUUUGAGAUUGGAAUACCCAAACUGAAGAAACUGAUUCGAUACAUUCGGUCAAAGCAAGGAGCUUUUCAGGAAGAAGAGAGACAGAAGAAGUUGACGAGAUAUGAAACCGACCAUUUUCUGGAGCCAUUUGGUGGAUUAACUCCUGAAUAUAUGGAAAUGAUCAUCCAGUUUGGUUUUGUUACUUUGUUUGUGGCAUCCUUCCCGCUGGCUCCACUCUUUGCUCUGCUCAACAACAUCAUUGAAAUACGUCUUGAUGCCAAGAAAUUUGUGACGGAGCUGCGAAGACCAGUGGCAGCAAGAGCCAAAGACAUCGGAAUAUGGUACAACAUACUGAGAGGGGUAGCAAAAGUUGCUGUCAUCAUUAACGCAUUCGUUAUCUCCUUCACAUCAGACUUCAUCCCUCGGAUGGUUUACCAGUACAUGUACAGUCCUGAUGGCUCCAUGCAUGGAUUUGUCAACCAUACACUGUCUUAUUUUAAUGUCAGCCACUUCCAGGAUGGCAAAGAACCCAUGGAUCCAUCACACUUUGGCUACCCUGUUGUAAUAUGCAGGUAUAAAGACUACAGGGAACCUCCUUGGUCAAACACACCAUAUGAGCUAUCCAAGGAAUUCUGGGCAGUGCUGGCUGUCCGUCUGGCUUUUGUUAUUGUUUUCCAGAACGUUGUGAUGCUCAUGAAUGACAUUGUUGACUGGCUAAUCCCAGACAUCCCAAAAGAUAUCAGCCUGCAGAUCCACAAGGAGAAGAUUUUAUUGGUAGAGCUUUUCAUGAAAGAAGAGCAGGGCAAGAGCUAUAUCAUUGACAGCAGCACUUCAGCAGAUGGAAAGGAAAACUGCAGCAAACACAACAACAACAGCAAAGUGGCGCCCCCACGCUCCCGACGGCAUACCAACAGCACCAAAAGCUUCUAACAGCCAUGCUAGCAGCUAUGGCUAGUAGCUAGUAGCUUUUAGUUUAAUUGUUGUUAGCAUGUCAAAGCUUGCUAGUAGUUCUCUCUCAGGACAGACUAAAUUGUAUGUAAAUUGUAUGUUUUUCUUAAUAUUCUUAACAUUCCAACAACUGGGACAGCAGUUGGCCAAAGAGAUGUGAGAAAAUUAAAUCUGUGGCCAAAUAUGUUGCAUGUUUUUGUUGAGCUGUGAAACUCUGUCACUCCAUAUGUGCACACUCAAAUGUAUUUAUGUGCUUAAGAAUGUCUGAUUGUGUACUCAAAUUAAUGACUUUGUAAAUCAAUAUGUAAAAGUGUAUUCAUUCUUA